UUCCUCCUGCAGGUACCCUGAUUAAGGCCCAGGAGGAGCCUGCAAGCUCGAUAGUCACCAUGUUUAGAUAUUAGCAAGCAAAUGUGUAUGUCCGCAUUUGAAAAUGGCAGAGGGAAAUAACAAUGAAGAGGUAAUUCACUUGAACAACUUUCACUGCCACCAGGGACAAGACUGGAUCAGUCUCAGAGAUGGACCCAUCACCAUUUCUGAUGACUCUGAUGAAGAAGGAGUUCCAAUGAUGGUCACCUCAGCUUCUCAGCAACAUGACGAAGAGGACCUGGAUGAUGAUGUCAUCCUGACAGAAACAAGUAAACCUCAGACAUCACGACCCAAUCUCAUCAAACCAGCUGCCCAGUGGCAAGAUCUCAAAAGUUGGGGAGAAGAAAGGCCUAAAAAAUCUAGAGCAGCCUUUGAAUCAAAUAAGAACAACUAUUUUGCAGUGUAUAACAGCUCAUUGUUUGAUUCUGGGGCACAGGAUGAUUCUGAGGAUGACUACGAUGAAUUGCUGGAUCUUGGGCCUCCUGGAGUUUCUGAAUUCAUUAAUCCAAGUGGCCAAACAGAAAGAGAACCCAAGCCUGGACCAAGUCAUAACCAAGCAACAAAUGAUAUUGUCAACCCCGGAUCAGGGCCAAAAAUCAUCUGGAGAAAAAAUGGCCUUCUUAUUCCAGAUAAUGAUCCUUUGGACACUCAGAACCAGUCAUCUGAAGACUCAGAGACAGACCUUCUAUCAAACCUCGGAGACUCGACUGAUAUGCUAGAUGAUCAGACCAUCGAAGACGACUGCUGGUUAGAAAACCCUCCUUACUUCCAUUCUCUAAACCAACAGCCCCGUGAGAGAGCAAACCAGGUUGUUCCUCAGGAGCGGCAGCCUGAAGCAGAACUGGGCCCGUUGUUCUAUCAGCAUGAGCCCCUUGGGCUGGCUUUUCCAAGGCCGGCUUUUCCAAGACCAGAACCCCAGCACGACGGCAUUCCAGGCCCCUCUUCUCCUCAGCCCGCCCAUCUUCUAGGAGAGCUUGAAGAUCAACAGCUAGCAAUAGACGACGACGAGCCAGGCCCAGCCUUUCCACUACAAGGAUCUCAGGAGCCCAAUUUGGAAAACCUUUGGGAGCAAGAAGCUAAUGAAGUAGACCAAGAAGUUGUUGCAAUACUAGUGGAAGAAACAGAAGCAAGAUUUCCAGAUGUAGCACCUGGCUAUAUUGAGGAAUUAAUUCAUUUGAAGAAUUAUUAUGAUUUGAAUGUACUUUGUAAUUUUCUUCUGGAAAACCCAGAUUAUCCAAAGAGAGAAGAUCGAGUCAUUAUCAACCCUAGUAGCAGCCUGCUUGCUAGUCAAGAUGAGUUAAAGUUGCCUAAGGUAGACUUCUUUGACUAUUCUAAAUUGGCUCCUCUUGACCAGCGCUGCUUCAUCCAAGCUGCUGACCUCCUGAUGGCCGACUUCAAAAUGCUCAGCAGCCAGGACAUCAAGUGGGCCCUGCAUGAGCUCAAAGGACACUAUGCAAUCACCCGAAAGGCCUUUUCUGAUGCCAUUAAAAAAUGGCAGGAGCUAUCACCAGAAACCAGUGGAAAAAGAAAAAAGAGAAAAGAAAUGAACCAGUAUUCUUACAUAGAUUUCAAGUUUGAACAAGGUGACAUAAAAAUAGAAAAAAGAAUGUUCUUUCUGGAAAAUAAGCGGCGGCAUUGUAGGUCCUAUGACCGGCGUUCCCUCCAUCCAGCUGUGCAGCAAGAGCAGGAGUUCUAUGAACAGAAAGUCAAAGAGAUGGCAGAGCAUGAAGACUUUUUGCUUGCUCUGCAGAUGAAUGAAGAACAGUAUCAAAAGGAUGGCCAGCUGAUUGAGUGCCGCUGCUGCUAUGGGGAAUUUCCAUUUGAGGAGCUGACUCAGUGUGCAGAUGCUCACUUGUUCUGCAAAGAGUGUCUCAUCAGAUAUGCCCAGGAGGCCGUCUUUGGAUCUGGAAAGUCAGAGCUUAGCUGCAUGGAAGGCAGCUGCACAUGUUCCUUCCCAACCAGCGAGCUGGAGAAGGUGCUACCCCAGACCAUCCUGUGUAAAUACUAUGAGCGGAAGGCCGAAGAAGAGGUCACUGCAGCCUAUGCUGAUGAGCUGGUCAGGUGCCCCUCCUGCAGCUUUCCUGCUCUGUUGGACAGUGACGUGAAGAGGUUCAGCUGUCCCAAUCCUCGCUGCCGAAAGGAAACCUGUAGGAAGUGUCAGGGACUCUGGAAAGAGCACAAUGGCCUCACCUGUGAAGAGCUGGCUGAAAAAGAUGACAUCAAGUACCGGACGUCCAUUGAAGAGAAAAUGACUGCUGCUCGCAUUAGAAAAUGCCAUAAAUGUGGGACGGGCCUCAUCAAAUCCGAAGGCUGCAACCGCAUGUCUUGCCGCUGCGGAGCCCAAAUGUGCUACCUCUGUCGAGUAUCCAUCAAUGGGUAUGACCAUUUCUGCCAGCAUCCUCGCUCUCCAGGAGCCCCCUGCCAGGAGUGUUCAAGAUGUUCUCUCUGGACCGACCCCACUGAAGAUGAUGAGAAGCUAAUUGAGGAAAUCCAGAAGGAAGCCGAAGAGGAACAGAAAAGAAAGAACGGAGAGAACACCUUCAAGCGCAUCGGGCCCCCCUUAGAGAAGCCGCCAGAGAAAGUCCAGAGGAUGGAAGCCCUGCCGAGGCCCGUCCCGCAGAACCUGCACCAGCCGCAGAUCCCGGCCUACGCUUUCGUGCACCCCCCCUUCGCCCUGCCGCCCGUCCGGCCCAUGUUCAACAACUUCCCCCUCAACAUGGGUCCCAUCCCGGCACCCUACGUGCCUCCUCUGCCCAAUGUGCGGGUCAACUACGAGUUUGCCCCCGUCCACCUGCCCCUGGAGCACAACCUGCCCAUGCACUUUGGCCCCCAGCCGCGCCAUCGCUUCUGACACCCUCGCCCUGCCCCUCGGAGCCCCACUGAGCAGCGUGUGCAGGCGGGGCUUGGCUAGAUCCCCCGUCCACCCCGCAGCCAGUGGCUGUGCCAGGCUCUCUAGGUAGGGAUGAUGGGCUUGACUCCUAAAAGCAUAGGCCGGUCUUCCCUCCCCUUCCAAAGAAGGGCCACUUCCCCUGGAAGAGUGGCUGGCAGGCUAGUUCUUGCUGUCCAGAGCUCGGGGGCAGCCACACCCCCUUCCGAAGAGGUCUGCCAUCCUAGCAGCCAGUGCAAUGGCCCCUGGUGCAGGUGGUCACCUCUGCUCCGUUACCUCUCCCUGCAGAGAGAGACGGGGGAAGGUUUGCCUCCAUCCCCUUGUCACCAGACAACAGGUGUCUCGAUGAGAAACCGCACAGGCCUUCCUCGCCACAGCUGUCAGGUUCCUAAUAAAGCUGAAGCAACAAGUAGUGCCGUUCGGAGAGGUGAGAGUCGUGUCGCCCAGGCCAAUGCCGUAGCACCCCUUGCACUGGGGCCCCAGAGUGAGGCACUCUGAGCGGCUGGACCCCGUGAAGAGGGCAGAGCAGUGGCCACAGGCCCAAGAGCACCAUACAAGGUGGGGAAGCUACAGACCAUGUCCCCCACGUCCAGAACCCCAGGGCGCCACCUUGGUGGCGGCUCAGAGGUCUGUCCUCUCCUCUCGGCCUGCUCAGGUGAGACCAUCGUGCUGUGGGUUCUGUUCUGUGACUUACCUAAAAUGUUCACAUUUGCUACGUUGCAUUUACCAUUUUCCGUGGCCCACUAGUCUCCCGAAGUCACCUUAUCCCAGGUCAGGCAGCCGGACGGCCCUGAGACUCUGCCAAAUGGAAGGCCUUUUUGGGGCAGCUGUACCGGGUCUGGUGGUUCUUGCAGCAGCAGUUCCCGGGGAGCCUUCUCUGUCAGCAACCAGGUGGGAGCAGCUCCCCUGAGGCUCUGGGGGGCGGUGGGUUUCUCCAGGGGGACAGAGGCCCCAGCUUGUGCUCAGUACCCGCCCAAGGUGCUGCCCCCGCCAGGUGCUCGGCAGGCCUGGCCGCUGCCCUGUCCUGAGGUUCCUUGAGGCUCUGGGGUCCCUGCCCCAGCCGUGUGCAGAGCAGGGGCCUCCGCUGGGGCCAAGCCUGCCUGGCUCCCUGUGUUGGCCCAGUUUCCACUGCUGUGUCUGAUGUCCGGGGGGUUCCCAGAAGUUCAGAGGGCACUACAGGCCUCAGAGAGGAGGGGGAGCCGACGACCCUCCCUGUCCCUGUUCCAGAGGCUGCGCCACCCAGGCCUGCUCACCGCAGCAGGACGCGAGCAGCACUGCGUGUGGCCACCUGCUGCCUUCAGCCUCUCAGAUGUGUUUCCAGAAUUAGAAUGGAUAAGUGUGCUAAGCUGCCCCGCACUGCCCUUCCUCAGGAGAGGCUGUGCAGGCAGCCGGGCACCUGGGCAUGAGGUGGGACCCAUGAGGACAGGCCUGCAUUGGUCCCCGCUGCCGGGGGCUGCCUGCACCUCGGUGCCAGCCUGAAUGGCAGUGACAGGACCUAAGAAAGCAUGUGCCCUCUGCUUUCUUCCCCAAAGGGGGGUCUCUGAGAACAGUGAGCCCCCAACAGACAUCCCGCCCGUGGGAAGGGUGAGCCCAUGCACUGCCCUGCUCCGCUAGUGACAGCGCUCACCCUGGCCUAGGCCUGAGUGGGUUCAUUCCACCUCUGGCCCACAGCGGGCUAUGUGGCUCCAUGGAGGGCCUGGGGCAGGUAGCAUGCGCCUGUCACUGCCAACCAGCAAGUCCCCAGAGACCUGGCAUGCAACAAGCAGAGUAAUGGUCCCCCCAGGCCAACCUGAGAACCUGUCCUUGGAGAAUUCUGGUUAUUGCUCACCCACCCUGCUCCCCAGGAGGCAUUCCUGCCAGUGGGGGCUCACGGGUCAUGAGUUCAACCCUGCCUGACCCUCUAGACACCUCAGGGCCCUGGAGGCAGGACCUGGUUCCCGGGUCCUCAAGGAGCAGUCGUACUAGUGAUGGGGUUUGGGGCAGAGAUGGGGCCAUAAUCAUCUGACAAGCCAGUGAGUGGCUGCAAAAUGCAAGUGCCAGGAACUCACAGAGAUCAUCCCCUUUCUGGGGACCAAGCAGGAGGCUCAGUGGUGCCUGACACCUUCCCCUCUGGGCAGAGUGCUCCCCAGAGCCAGAUACUGCCCAGCGACAGUCCCACUCCACUUGCCUUAAAACUGGAGAGAGGAAUCUAGUAUUUGCACUUCGCAAAGGAUUUUAAAACUUAAAAGUGCAUGACCUGUCACUUUAUAAAAAUAGCAGAAAUGAUUACUAAAUGUUUUCUUUACUUUCUGGUAGUAAAAACAUAAAAUAACCCUGUUUUAACUACUAUGUACAGAGCCUGUAUCAUAUGUACCUUGGACUUUUGUAAAUAAAUGUUUGUGCACUCUC